UCCUCCUCCUAUUUGCCGUGCUCCUCCUCUCCUGCCUCUUGCCUAUUGAUUAUUCACUUGGGCGUUCAUUUACCUCAGCGUCUCAUACAAGGUAGCCCUGCUUCCUCUUUAAUUUAUCUCAUGUCUUUAAUACAGUUUGGACUUUGCCUUCCUAAAUCGUACUUUAUUUUUAUUGCAGUGAUUUAUUAUCUCUAUUCAGUUACUGUCUGGACACGUCCCUCUGCUCCCUCCCUGCAUGCUUCUCCCUUGCAUCAAGACUUCCUCCACCUUGUCUGUGUGGAAGACAAAGCUGUUCGGAGUCCGCGCUGCAUUGUUGUACAGUUUGAAUAUUAACAUGUGGCUCAGCCAUGACUGUGCUGUACCAGUGGAAAAAGAAAAAAAGAAAAACCUGGGAGGAACAAGGACGGGCUCUGUGGAGGGAGGAGCUGCUGUGGAAACGGCCCUGUCAUUGGUCGGUGACGUGUCCUGCCUGCCUGCAAAAGCUGGCCCGGUUGGCUGCUGCUCUGCAUGGAGCACAGCAGUUGUGAAGAAUUACCCCUUCUCCUUUCUGCCCAGUCUCUCUCUUUCCUGACUCUUCCCCUCACAUUAACGACUGUCUGGGAGUCAUCGGUGUCGACCACGUGCCUGUGCCACCUCAAGGACACCACUGUUCCCAGUAUACUGCAGCCGGAUUCCUAUCAACAAGACAACACGCAAGGACAUGCAGAAGAGAGGUCAGUGAGGAGGAUGACAACAGAGGAAUAAAGGACAGCGAAGGAGGGAUGAGAAAGAGACUGAAGUAAGAGGAGGAAGUGGAACUCUGAAGGGCCUACUGCGAGGGGUUGUCUGCUGCCGUCUGACUUUGCUGGAUGAGAGCAGGACGGGGCUCGGUGUGUGUUUGGCCUUGAACCGAGGCUAUAUUUCAUCCUGACAGCCACAGUCAUCCAUCCCAUGUUGCUGAGCUGCAGUCCCGACACAUCCUGAGCGGAGCCGCCACCUCGUCUCAUCAGUGCAGGGAAACCUUCCCCAUACGAGGUUCUGCUUUUUUCCUCCCGUUCUACAGUCAUCUUCCGAAAGAUAACUAGCACCACAGAGACUACCACAGCCUCGGCCAUGUUGACGUGAAUGUAACAGUGACUUACGGCGGGCGUCCUUUGAGUCAGACGAAGGCGCAGAUGCUCAGCAACAUAUCUAAGCAUUCCAGAGUGAUGUCCUCAGAGUAGUUUCUGUUUUUCCCUUUUUUUUUGAGACAGAGCUGGCCUCUGCUCACGGUCACGGCCCUCUAUCUCGCCCCAGUGAAACCUCAGCUGCCACAUUUCCCAGGAAGAACUAAUAAACAUCCCCCAAAAUACAUUGAACGCAAGGACUCGCUGCCUAUUUGUGCUGAGGGCAAAACUGAGAAUAUUUUUGCUUCUCUUUCCUCUCUGUUUUGCUGGGGAUUCUUUUUCCGUGCAUGGACAUUAGUCACCCUUGCACUCGUCAGACAUCUUUCCGUCCAUCUGCUUAGUGCUUUGUGAGCGUCUCCGAUGGCUGUCAGCAUGAGCAUGGGACGGGACACCAAAUGGCUGACCCUGGAAGUGUGUCGCGAGUUUCAGAGAGGCACCUGCUCAAGGUCUGAUGCCGAGUGCAAGUUCGCCCACCCCGCCCGGAGCUGCCAUGUGGAGAACGGCCGAGUCAUCGCCUGCUUCGACUCGCUGAAGGGACGCUGCACACGUGAGAACUGUAAAUACCUGCACCCACCUCCACACCUGAAAACCCAGCUGGAGAUUAACGGGAGGAACAACCUGAUCCAGCAGAAGGCGGCGGCUGCCAUGUUGGCUCAACAGAUGCAGUUUAUGCUGCCUGGAACCCAGCUGCAGCCCAUAACCACAUUCUCGAUGACGCCCUCCAUGGCAACGAGUCCCAGUAUGGCUUUCAGUCCCUAUCUGAGCCACAUGGGCCCAGGCAUGGGCUUGAUGCCUGAGCUGCUGCCCAGUGCCCCCCUCCUCGUCCCUGGGAGUCCCAGUGGCCUGGCAGCCAUGGGCAACGGCACCUCUGCACAAAAACAUCUGCGCACGGACAAGCUGGAGGUUUGUCGGGAAUUUCAGCGCGGUAACUGCACGCGGGGCGAGGGCGACUGCCGCUACGCUCACCCCCUGGAGGCCGGCAUGGUGGACUGCAGCGAGAACUCGGUCAUAGUCUGCAUGGACUACAUCAAGGGCCGCUGCAGCCGAGACAAGUGCAAGUACUUCCACCCGCCUGCUCACCUGCAGGCCAGGAUCAAGGCUGCACAGCACCAGGCCAGUCAGAACACAAUCACCAACACAGGCUUGGCUCUGCCACCGGGGGUCAUGCAGCAGCUACCAAAGAGGCAGAUUUUAGAGAAGAGCAACGGAACUGCUUCCGCUAUCUUCAACCCCAGCAUGUUCCACUACCAGCAGGCCCUGGCUAACAUGCAGCUGCAGCAACAAGCCUUUAUCCCCGCUGGACUUAUGAAAACCCCGGCCCCGCUGGCAGCGGAGAGCCGCUGGGAAAGGAGGGAGUGGAGCAGCUGCAGGCAAAUCCCCAGCCGCUUCCUGUCAGUACCUGGACUGAGUGUUCCCAUGAUGCACGGGGCCACCACCUCCAAUGUUUCGUCGGCCUCGACCCCAGUCACCAAUGUUCCUUUCGCUGAAUCUGCCGCCUCAAAUCAGAAAACUCAGAGCUUCUGACCUCUGAACCAGUGGAGCUGCAGUGCGUUCCCAUGGAAACCCAUUUCUGUCCCGUCCCCAAACUGCUGAUGGCAGCUCCAGUGGCGCUAAACUCAGUAAGCCUUUCCCGAAACACCAAUUAAAGCCCCUGAAACAUGCGCAGUACCGGGGCGGCCAUCUUUCUGAACGCAGCGAACACGUGCCUCCCCCACACUGCACACGACUGAGUGACAAUGUGACACCUCUUAUGUUCUGACAGUAGAAGAGCUGCGAUGGUUCAGCCAACACAAGCCCGGACAUACUGCUGUUGCUUUAAAGCAGCCAUCCUGAUGCAUACUGACUUGACCAGGCCGAGCAAUAGAGCUCCCUCGUUGUUACAGCCAUACAUACCCACACCUUAAACGUGCAGCAGACGUGUGCACACAAACAAACACACACACACAUACACUUGUACGACUAAAAAGCCCUUUAUGGGUUGAAGCCAUGACAUGUGGCGACCCAACACAUUUGACUGUUCCAAAGUGUGAAACUCUGAAAAGUUGAUUCUGGAAAAUUCAGACGGUUCGAACAUCUCGUGUGAAACGGCCGCUGGUCUGCAACCAGUACAAUUUGUCAUCAUAACGAAGGAGUGUUUCAUGUCAUGUCAUGUUUACGUUUCAAGAUGGCUACAAAUGUGCCACUGGUGUGAGUCGUUGUUCAUUUGUUUGUGCCUUUGGUUUUUAGCAGCUCAGCUGCAGAGGAGACGUAGUUUCCCACAGGAUACACUGAAAUACACAAAUACUCUGAAAGAUGUUAUUAUUGCCAAUCAAAUGCAAAAUAUUUCAUUGUAAAAAAUCUGUAUCAACCUAUAGUCUAUUUUAAUUCCUCCAGUAAUUACAUCGAUCACCACUUCGAAUUUUAUUUUUCUUAUUACUUCCUUUUAUUUAAUAGUCCUUUAAAAAAUAUAUAAAUUACAUAACAUUUCUGGAUCUAAGACACAAACUGCCUUAAAGCAGCUGAGGUGAUGUUCGCUAUAUGGAAGCCUGUCUCCGUAUAACUCUGAAAGUUUCACAUCAGACAGCUCAACUCACUUCUACUCUUGAAUUUGAGUUAAUUCUCUGGACUCGGUCAGUGGUUGGGUCCUGUCAGUAAUUGUCUUAUGAUUGAAAUAUGGUUUGUUUCUACAAACGCAGUCAAUUUCACCUUCUGUUAAAGCUACGAGCCUUGGACUUAAAUCCGGAUUCCCUGAAAUAGAAACAAAGUUACUUUUAUGAGGGUCAGAUCUGAGACGUUUUAAUUGGUACUUCGUAAACUUUUAAACCUGAUGUCAGAGGAGGAAGCUGGGUCUGUUUCCUGAUGUUGUGCCUAGUCUGUGUGCCAAGUGGAGGUAUAUGCAAGGUGAUGCCCCCAUUCAAUGCAAUACCUGAAUAACUCCUCCUAAUAAACGUCUCCCCUCGCCCGUGCGGAUCUGUCUUUUAAACAGGCAGUGUGUCUAAUGUAAGUGUCUCCUCUCAUGGAUCGAGUGAGCGCCACAGCAUUUUUAUGUUUCACGGCUCUUCAGGGAGAAAGCUUAGAACUUGAGAAUAUCCUGUCUGACUUUAAAUUGUGUCGUCUUUUCUACUGAUGUGUCCUGUUCGUCUUAAGUCGCCAGACUCUAAAUAUUACAGCGACAGUUAGUAACCAGGACUGAGUUGUGGGGGAGUUAGAAGAUGGAUGAAUGAGAAGGAAAUCCCCCCUUUGAAAAAAGACAUUUACGAACCAGUUGGAUUUCUGGUUUUCAAAUGUCUGUGAUGAACUGCUCUGAUGGCAUGUGAAAUUUAACAUAACAGCUUCGGGAACUGGGCUGAAAUAACUUUUAUCCAAAUUCAAACGUGCCUCUUUAAAGUCUCCUCAAACCACUGCUGUCAAUACACUGUAGGAACAGACCAGUGCUCAAAGAUAGAUGUGUUAUUUGGUACAUUAUUAUUAUUAUGGUGAAUCAUAUCUGUACUAGUUUCUUCUCUGAGACAGCUGUGCUGUCCUAUUGUUAAUGUAACGUAAAUAAAUCAGUGUAUUGUGUGCAUUGUAAAGUGUGUUGAGACAAUGAAUCGCCGAACUGGUUUGUUGUAAAUGCUGCAGAUAAAACAACAUUUCCCACUGAACAUCAUUAAUUUAAAAAUAAUGUCAUUGUGUCGUGAAUGUAUCUAAAGCAAAAACUAUUCAUGCUCCUCUAAAGGACAGGCAUGUUGAAAUGUAAUGAUUCACUAUAUAUAGACUAUUUCUUAGGUCACAAAGGUACCAUGCUGAUAGUGUGUAAAGACAUAUAAAGUAUGUGUAUUGUUCUAUAGAUUUAUAUUUAAUGUCUGUGGCUGAUGUGACUACUUUUAGAAAUAUCUUUCACUCUCAGUAAAGGUAGAGCUGAAUUGUACUUUUGAAGUACAAAUGUAAACCAUACAGGUACAUUACAGUCAGUUCUUGUACCCCAGCCGUGGAAAAUACCCAAAGUGCCCAAAAUGCACCAAUUAACAAUGAUGUAACCGUUGGGCAAAUUUGAGAAAAAUAGCAUGUUACUCUUUCUUUCUUUCCUGCAGUAUUUUUACGUUUUCUCGUGGUUUGGAUCGGACAGUUCUCCUCGGUGCUGCGGCCCUUGUUUAGGGAAUAAGGAAGUGUAGACAGACCGGCCAGUGGGAGAUGCUCGUGCAGCAACAGGGACGUAAUCAUUCACUGGCUUCACAUCCGUGUCAAUUAUGUUCAAUGAGGCAAGUUGGAACCCUUGAUAAUAACAAUAUCCCUUCUAUCUGUCUAUGAGGAAAUCAAUACUGCUCUCCUGUUUAUGAGUUUUAUUGGAUUAGCUUUGCACAAACCUGGAGGCAGGGGAAAACAACUAGGCUAAGAUCGUUGCGUCUUUCGUUCAUUUCGUAGAGUUGUGUUCUUUAACUAUUUCUUGACCAACAGUCAGGCAAAGUGCACAAUCUGGAAUCUCUGGACAACAUCAGUACAAAGAAUUUAGACCGUGUCGGACAUUUUAUCAGUCACAAAAUCAAAUACUAAAUAUAUAAAAGUUAUUCUAAAUGGUUUCAAACCCAGUCUGGCAUUUGUGUUUCACACUCUCUUGUUAUUUAUUGACCAACAUUCUACAUCGAUCAAUGUAAAGUGUAAAAAAUCUCUGCAAUGAACUAAAGCAUUGUUUUCCCUUGUUUCCAGUCUUUAUGGUUCUAACUUCAAAAUACCAAACAGACAUGAGAGUGAUAUUAAUCUACUCAUCUAAUUCUACGAAAAGAAGGUGAAUAUGUGUAGUAUUUAUUUAAACAUUUACAUUUCAUCCACCUGUGGAUCACAUUCCACUGGACAACAGGUGUCACAGGAAUAGCGAUACAACAUUAUAUAAAUGUGUUGACAAAUUGCAUUCUCAAAUAGAUUUUAAAUUCCAUUAUUAAAUGUUGAAUUUAAUAACCUAUUUUUUAAAUGAUAUCAUAUGCUUAUUUGUUAUGUCAUUUGAACUAUUGAUUGACGGAUAAACAUUUCAUUGGUAUAAUUUUUAUAUAAUAAUAAAUUGGCUUGCAUUCAUGAAAAUUCAUGAAUGCAAAAUUUUAUUGCACAACUGAUGUUUUAACUCUUUUUCUGUGACACGUGUUGUCCUCCAUAUAAAAGCAGUACCUAGCCUGUUAUAUGUCUGGUAACAUACAUCUAUAAAAUACUUUUUGUCACAGACAUAUACUGUACUUAUCCUUUAACUCUUUAUUCGAGGGUUUAGCAGCUAAUUUUAGUGAAAGAUUGUCUCUCCUGCUCAUGAAAUUGAGAAUUAGAACAUCCCAGAAAGUUAUCUCAAUCUUGUGGUUUUGAGAGUUUAGAUUUUUCCAGCCGAGGAAGCCCCUCCUUCUAUCCUUUAUCUCAUCCUCCCCUUCACAUAAUUUUGCCUUGACUGAAAAAAACAACGAAUGCGCAAGAGUGUGUUAGUUAGUGGAUCUGCAGUGUGGCAUGAGAAACAUUUUACUUCUUUCCUUUCUCUAAUUCUCAUGCACAUGAUUUUCUCAAAUGUAAAAGGAUCUGAUCACUGGGUGCAGUGACCUGAUCCUUUAGCGUGUGUAAUUCAGCCUACUUAUGUUUCCUAGGGCACAAACAAAGGGCCUUAUUUCUGGAUCACUGUAUAAAGAUAUGAUAGCUGUGUAUCAAAAUGACUUGUAUUAAUAGUAAGUUAAGCUUUUUUUAUCUAACUUAAAACAAAAACACAGCAUGAAAUAAAAAAAUCAUUUAUACAUAGUUAAUGGUUUGUGUAGACCAACACGAAAAAAUAUUCGAUAUGAAAAUCAUUUGUAUACAAUGAUGGAGUCAUUGUAAACGGUAAUAGUUUUGGUUGCUAUGGCAACAAAAUGACAACAUGGCUACCUUUCUAUUAUCCUAAUUGUGAAUUUUUUCACAUUAAUUGAAAUAAUUUACACCACUAACUUAUUCAAGAAGGGAAUGUCUAAUUAGUUUGUCUUGUUAUUGCGACGUGAUGAAAUAUUUUAUAUGGAAAUCUUCGUAAUAUCCAAAGGUCCUUAGGGGAGAUCAGGUGUUUAUUUUGUUGUUUUAAUUGGACCUUAAUUGUUUUCUCUUUUUUGUUGUUCUUGAACAUGUUCUUUUUGAGAAAUAAGAAUGGACUUAAACACCUUUCUGUCAGGGAGGUGAAGAGGCUUUUGGACUAAGUGGAAGAUCUUCAUCUUUGUCUGUCAAAUCAAACUAAUCGGUUCACUUCCUGCCUGCAGCGUGGACCGCUCUCCUCUCUUUGUGGAGGUUUGAGGUUUUAUCAGUGAAUUCUGUUUCGGUUUCGACCCAGAACGUGGUCCAGAAGUCUCUUCCUGCCCAGCUGUGCUGGGGGAUGACGAUCCUUACUGAGGUGUACCUGAAUGUGUGAUGUUCACCUUGUUUGCACUUAUGUACAUAACUAUGUCAAAAUACUCAAAAUUUAUUUUGAAUAAAUAUAGAGAAAAGAGUUGACUAAAAAAAUCGAAUCAGUGUAUGUUAAUGAUAUGUCUAUCAUUUUAUCACAGUAUAAAAAGAUCACUUUGAGGGAUCUGCCCUUUGUUUGUUUGUUUGCUGGAGCCCUGUUCUAAUCCAAGCAUGACGUUGCCUCGCUCUAAACCUUGAAUGGGCUGUGGUUUAAAAAAAGCUUUUUCAGUUCGUUUCUGGUUCAAACCUGGCAUCCAACAGUAGAGAUGGAUUAGAAGAAACAGGCCCUCUGGAAUUAUUACAACAAACUAAUACUAACACCUGGUUGUUAUAUGCUCAUCGUGAUGACACAAACGCAGGCGCUCUCCUCUAAAGCAGCAAAAUAAAGCACAGGGUAGCUCCACCUGAAACCAGCUGGGAAACAAGAGGAGCAGAUAUGAGUCAGACUCUAGAGAGAGAUGAACAUGAGAUGUGUUUUAAAUCCACUUACAUUUCUGUCAUUUUGUGAAAUGGGUUAUUGUUUUCCCCCUGGUUGUCAUUAUCCAAAACAACAAUAAAUCUGUAUUCUCCUGCAGAUUUACGUCACAGUCGCAAACAACCUGUUUUGGCGAUGUUAUUCUUGGAGCAGCAGCGUCCUUGCGUAACUCUGUUCCUGCAGAUUCAGACAUUCACUGCUCUCCACUUGCUCUCAAAGCCAGCGAUUUUGUUGCCAUGGCACUUGUCCUAGCGGUGGACAGACUGAGUCAUCCUGGUGAAUCGGUUCACAGCCCCUCGGACUGCUGUUGAAUAUUGACUUUUAAGUGACUGCUCACAGAGACGGCUCUCUGUACGACGUGUACCCAAACCUCGCCAAAGGUUCUCUGCUGUGACUAACCAGCAGCCAUCACCACUGCAGUGCCAACGCACAGUAUGGGGGAGAAGUACAUGAGGAGUGGUCAUGACAUACUGUGGGUUUCCAGUCACCAAUAAGGGAACACGAUUGUGAUUUGAUUUCGAAAUGUAUUUAUUGUUAUUUCAAAGGUUCAGUUGUGUAAGUGUGCCUUUAUUGUGCAAACUGUAGUUUUCCUUUAACGUUUGAAUGGACUUGAAACAUCACAAGUGUUGACUGUGUGUAGAACACUUUUGUAAUCUGUUGGUGAGUCGCAAUCACAUUGGGUACAGUCGCAGACCGAAUGGCAACCCCUGGAAGUUGAAGAGGGCCAAAGACUGUUCAGGACUAAGCCAUAUGAAAAACUCUCUCUGACACUCUAGGACAGGCUUGAAGGUGACGGCCGUUUCUCUCGCUUCUCUCUUCUUUUUUCUUUUUGUUGCUUGUGGUGCUUGUAUGUGCUGCUGUGCUACAUGCCAAUUUGAUUUGCAGUGUAUCGCUAUUAAGAGUAAGUUACUGUGCCUAUGAUGAGUUCCUGCGAUUUCUGUUUGACCUUUAAUAAAAACAUAAUUGUGAUCCUC